GAAUGGCCGCUGCCGCAGCAGGAAUAAACAAGCAGGGCGCUGUGGCGACGAUGGAGCCGUGCACCCGACACGGGAGAGCAGCGCAUGGAGGCACCGUCAAGGUGCUGGAGUGUGGCGUGUGCGAGGACGUCUUCUCUCUCCAGGGGGAUAAGGUCCCUCGUCUUUUGCUCUGUGGACACACAGUGUGCCACGAUUGUCUCACCCGGCUGCCUCUUCAUGGCAGAGCGGUCCGCUGCCCCUUCGACAGACAGGUCACUGAGCUGGGGGACUCUGGAGUUUGGGGCCUGAAGAAGAACUUUGCACUGCUCGAACUCUUGGAGCGGCUCCAGAAUGGAGCGUCCAACCAGUCUGGGAUGGCGGAGGAUGCUCUGAAAGGCAUGGGAGAAUGCAUAAUACGGUGUGAUGAGGACGAGAGCCACACGGCCUCGAUGUACUGCACCGUGUGUGCCACCCACCUGUGUGCUGAGUGCUCACAACUCACCCACUCCACUCGCACCCUGGCCAAACACCGCCGGGUGCCGCUGGCGGACAAGCCUCACGAGAAGACCUUGUGCCCACAGCAUCAGGUCCACGCCAUCGAGUUUGUCUGCCUGGAGGAGCCCUGUCAGACUGGGCCUCUCAUGUGCUGUGUGUGUAAGGAGUACGGCAAGCACCAGGGACACAAGCAUGCCGUUCUUGAGUCUGAAGCUAACCAGAUCCGUGCGUCCAUUUUGGACAUGGCCCACUGCAUCCGCACCUUCACAGACGAGGUGUCCGAGUACUCGAGGAAGCUGGUGGGCAUCGUGCAGCUGAUAGAAGGUGGCGAGCAGAUAAUCGAGGACGGAAUUGGCAUGGCACACACUGAGCAUGUAAGACAGAGGGCGGCCUUCUCAAAUAUGAGCGAUUCAGCUUCUUUCCGGAAUUUAUGCAAUUCUCUGCAUCAGGUCCCCGGCACAGCAGAAAGUGCCCGCUCCUGCGUGCGAGCUUACUUCGCAGACCUCCACGAGACUCUGUGUCGGCAGGAGGAGAUGGCGCUGAGCGUGGUGGACGCUCACGUCAGGGAGAGGCUGAUCUGGCUGAGGCAGCAGCAGGAGGACAUGACCAUCCUGCUGUCUCAGGUGUCCACCGCCUGCCUCCACUGUGAGAAAACUCUUCAGCAGGACGACUGCAGAGUUGUGCUGGCAAAGCAGGAGAUCAACUGUUUGCUGGAGACACUACAGAAGCAGCAGCACCAGUUCACUGAGCUGGCGGAUCACAUUCAGCUGGAUGCUGGCAUCCCUGUCACCUUCACCAAGGACAACCGGGUCCACAUUGGUCCAAAGAUGGAGAUCCGUGUUGUGACGCUGGGGCUCGAUGGAGCGGGAAAAACCACCAUCCUCUUUAAGCUGAAACAGGAUGAGUUCAUGCAACCCAUCCCAACUAUCGGUUUCAAUGUAGAGACAGUUGAAUAUAAGAACUUGAAGUUCACCAUCUGGGAUGUGGGAGGAAAACACAAGCUCAGACCCCUCUGGAAACACUACUAUCUCAACACUCAAGCGGUGGUGUUUGUGAUCGACAGCUGCCACAGAGACCGACUGAUGGAGGCUCACAGCGAGCUCGCCAAACUACUGACAGAGAAGGAGCUGAGGGACGCCUUGUUGCUCAUCUUUGCAAACAAGCAGGAUGUUCCCGGCGCUGUCUCAGUGGAGGAGAUGACGGAGCUGCUGAGCCUACACAAGCUGUGUUGUGGGAGGAGCUGGCACAUCCAGGGCUGCGACGCCCGCAGCGGGAUGGGCCUCCACGAGGGUUUGGAUUGGCUGUCCAGGCAGCUGGUGGCUGCUGGUGUCCUGGACGUAGCCUAACCCUCAGUCCCCUGCCUCUCCUUACUGACUCUCCCCUAAACGGCCAAACCCCCGCCCCCGAGCUCGCUCCAUCAGCUGUAUCACGACCUCCGAGCAUUCACUUUUAAGACGACACCGUGGCUUUAAGCCUUCUCUCAUCAUCUUUCCCUCUUUGUUCACCGCCGUGAGCAAAGACAUUAAAGAUGUUAAUACUCUCGAGGCUCAUUUAAUGGGAACACAGAAACUAUAAGCUAUCUGAAAGCCUGUCCAACCUACAUGCACCAGCCUGAGAAAUAAACCCAACGGGACAAAAACCUGAGUUAGUACUCCAACCUCUUAUCCUGCUUCAGUUCUAAGGCAGCUUAGGCACACGGUCUAACACAUUGUUACUUUAGCUUUUCUUCGUUCUAACCCUUUUAUCGAUAGCUAGUUGACUUAGGUCCAGUCAAAUAUUAGAAAUGCUCCAUAUCCUGACAGUGGAAUGUAUCUCUGUUCUCUGUCACAUGUUACUCAUCUCGGCCAUCACAGUGCAACAGUAAUCUCAACAAAAUGCAGAGUCGUCCUUAUUAUAGUCACAGUAUUGAUUACUCCUGGGAAAUAACAGCAGCACCCUUUUUAGUUAAAUCAAGUGUAUUGGCAGGUAAGUGAUAUGGGACAUAAACUUUCACUAAGGUCAUAUUGAGCCCAGAGAACCUGCAGCGGAUUCGAACUGACGAUCUAAUGUUCCGAUUUUGGCCGAGCUCUCAUUUCAACUCGUCAUCUGAUGUAAGCAAUAGCUGUCAAUGUUUCUUGGGUCUUUCAGUUGCGUGUGCAAAUUAAUCUUUUAAGUGUUUGAACCUAUUUAAAUGCCACAGCUGGUCUUGAAAUGGCGCACCAGUAAGGGUUUUGGUUUGAAUGUAGUGUUUACUGUUGCAAGAACAAACUGUUUACUGAACUUAUUUAUGAGCAGGAACAAGGAUGUUACU